AACUCUUUAUUUAGGAGAUAGAUUUUGGAACGUUAAGAUGGACGGAUUAACUGACAGCUGUGUUUUUACUCAUGGAUGUUCUAAGAUGGUAAACGAUCUUGCCUUAGACAGCCGAUCUAUCUUUGUCUUUUCAAUGGUUGGAAAUAAAAUUUUCGAGCUUUCAGUCUUUUAUCAUCAAACCAGUACUCAAAUUCAGAACAACAAGGUUGAGUUAGUUGUUUUGGAUGACUCCAUCUAUGGUGAUGAUGGUGAUGAUUUGGUUAUUGCGUCCGAACAUAAGGAGAAGUGUAGUACUGCCGAAACUGACUUUCAGGAAAGUGUUGUUGUGGAAUGUGAAGACGACAAAUUUCAGUUGGCAAGUUUUGAGUCUGUGUUCAAUGAUAUUGAUGAUUCGAAGUUUGAUAACUUUUUCUCAUCUCUACUUGAAAUGGAAGACCUUAAGAAGAAAGACAAAAGCAACUUUGAGAUGGACCUGGACAAAUUUUUGAUACCGAAGAAUAACUCCCAUGUUGAUCCUACACGAAAAACAAAUAUUUUUAUUUCUGAACCGAGUCUGUCCUCCAUAGUUGUUUCUGAUACCAUUCCGAAAUAUAAAGUUGAUGUUGGUCAAAUUGUUUUGCCGAUAAAGAGGAAGGUAUAG